GUAAUUCAGUAUCAGACUGUUCGAUAUGAUAUCCUUCCCUUAUCUCCUCUGUCCCGGAAUCGACUAGCCCAGGUGAAGAAGAAGAUCCUGGUGCUGGAUCUGGAUGAGACACUUAUUCAUUCUCACCAUGAUGGGGUCCUAAGGCCUACAGUGAGGCCUGGAACACCUCCCGAUUUCAUCCUCAAGGUGGUAAUAGACAAACAUCCUGUCCGGUUUUUUGUACAUAAGAGACCCCAUGUGGAUUUCUUCUUAGAAGUGGUAAGCCAGUGGUAUGAGCUUGUGGUGUUUACAGCAAGCAUGGAAAUUUAUGGCUCUGCUGUGGCAGAUAAACUGGACAAUAGCAGAAGCAUUCUUAAGAGGAGAUACUAUAGACAGCACUGCACUUUGGAGUUGGGCAGCUACAUCAAAGACCUCUCUGUGGUCCACAGUGACCUCUCCAGCAUUGUGAUCCUGGAUAACUCCCCCGGGGCUUAUAGGAGCCACCCAGACAAUGCCAUCCCUAUCAAAUCCUGGUUCAGUGACCCCAGUGACACAGCCCUUCUCAACCUUCUCCCAAUGCUGGAUGCCCUCAGGUUCACUGCUGAUGUCCGUUCUGUGCUGAGCCGAAACCUUCACCAACAUAGGCUCUGGUGACAGCUGCUCCCCCUCCACCUGAGUUGGGGUGGGGGGGAAAGGGAGGGAGAACUCUUGGGAUGCGUCUGUUGCCCUGUCCAAUGUGAGGACUGCCUGGGCAGGGUCUGCCCCUCCCAUCCCUCUCUGCCCUCGGAGCUCUGCACUCCACUAUGGAGUCUGGAUGGACACAUGGGGCCAGACUGUGAAGCAGCCUCACUCUUCGUGUUCACACUCCAUGGAAAUGCCACACCGGGACAGGUGAAGGCCUUGGAGAGCUGAAACUGUCUGGCGGAGAGGCAGGACUGGCCUCCGUGACAGACGUGAUCCCAGAGGCUUACAAGAAGCCAAGUCAACUUUGUUGUGAUUUGAUUUUUUAAAAACUCUUGUACAAAACCGAUCUAAUUCUUCACUCCUGCUCCAAGGGCUGGGCUGUGGGUGGGAGCCUGGGAUUUUGGGCCACUGGAUCUUCCUCAAACUUGUCCUUCCCUUACUUUUCCUCAUUUUUUUCUCCCCCCAAACCCCUUGAUACCUGUAAUCAAUCAACUUUCUCUUUUCUUCCUUCCUCUUUUAAACCAUGCAUUAUAACUUUGAAACCAAA